CUGCAGAGGCUGAGUAAGUUUCCUCCGAUUGACCAUAUGCUACCCGAAGAAAUGCAGGAGUACUUAGAAGACCCCCAAAAGAAAGAAACGGCGAUCCUGGCGAUUCGUUAUGGUGACCCUGUCGAACAGUACUUGACCCUGGGUUACAAACGCGUUUUCUUGAUGAAAGAAGAUCAAGGCGAGUUCAACUCAAAGUUCCAGAGCGGCCUACUCGAGGCUGCCGCCGAAUGCUGCGGAUUGAAGCGGGUUGACCUGCCGCGUGGAAGUCAGAAAAGAUCUUCUUGGUGGACACGAGAGGUACAACUGGCAGCUAAAGAGAAGAAGGUUGCAUUCAAGAAAUAUGUUGGAAACAAAGAGCCUGAAACUCGCAUGCGACAUGGAGAACGGCAUAAAGACGGCAGUGAAAGUAGUGGCGAAAGCCAAAGCUGA